AGCGGGUCAGACACUGUUGAUGAUAGAGUUGACGAAAGGAGACUGACACGUGCACGGGCACUAAGGGUACCGCACAUGUUCCAGGCCUUACAACCGGGAGACGAAGCACGGCUUCGGGCCGAACGUAGAACUCGUGCUUUAGCAGCAGGACUACAGGAAGCAAACAGAGCAGCAAGAGAGCAGGCAACAACAGCCAGAGCAGCUGCGAUGGCUAACGGCGCAAGCUCUGCUGCAUCAUCCUCUGCGUCCUCGUCAGGGACUAAUGGGAGCCAGUUGGGAAUGCCAACGAAUUCCACAAGUUCCUCGGGCACUUCCGGUCCCACAGGUUCUAGACAGUCUUCUAGUCAAAUGGCGGGCUCGCAGUUCAGCCCGUUGACCCCGCGUCAAAGGGAGCUCAGAGAGAUCCAGCAGGUCGAGAUGCUCCGUUGUAAGUUAGAGCAUGACAUGAAAGAAGCUACCGAUAGAGAAAAUGCGAUGAAAACUAUAGCAGCUAGGCUUGAAACUUUAGAGGCUGACAAGGCUGAAUUAGAGGGCUUGGAUGAGUCAGCGUUGAUUGACCCGCUGAAAGUAUUGAAGAAGAAUAUGCUGUCAUUACACACACACGUGGACAGCAAAUUAGACUUCAUGCAGGGCACUCUAGACCAGAUCCUGGACGCAUUGACAAAGCCAGGAUUCCGGCCACCAGCACAAUCGCCGUUGCCGUUAUCGGCGAUGUCAGGCCCCUUUCCGGUUCAAGCUGGCACACAGCCAAGUGGCACAUCUGCAGCAGCCGCACAGACUGUUGCAUCUUCUUCUUCGGGUCCAGCGGUGGUUGCUACACCACCGCAACAGGUUAGUCCUCAACAAGGACAGCCGCAAGGUCAAUGGUAUCCUAAGACCCCAAUGAAACCAUCUCUUGCCUUCUCAGGCGAGAGAAAGGACGAGGAACUCAACACAUGGUUGAGAACCGUCCCGGUUUGGGUGAAGGCAAAGAGGACCUUGCCUGAGGACGAAGUGGUAACUGCUGCAUCUUACCUCGAGGGUAAGGCAGCCAAGUGGUUAGAUGGUGUAGUUAUAAAGGCCGGGUAUGGGAGACGGAUGGCGGACUGGGCUAAGUCUUUGACGUUAGACCAGUUCAUGGAAAUGGUAGAAGCUCGUUGGCAUAACCCACAGGAGGCUCAAAAAGCCACUGAUGCCAUUAACAAACUAGACCAACGCAAAUUCAGGUCAGUUAGAGAGCUUACGACUACCGUUGAGAGCCUGAUCCUCGUCCCAGGCAUUAACUACAGCGACCAGUUCCUAUUGACUACGUUUGUCAGAUGUCUCCCAGAGAACAUUAGGAACUUGCUAGCCAGCGAGGCACGCACUGAGUACCACUCGUUUGAGACACUGUCUAGGAAGGCCUUAGACUUGGAGGCCACACUAGGCAAUGCUCAACCAACCUCUCACACAGACACGAAGAAGAAAAAGAGUCCUCAGGAGUGGAAGAAGAAGGGAGCUAAGUUGAUGAUGGUGGAGUCUGAUGGGACUCAAACUGAGAUCGACGAGCUCACUGACCUGAUGGACUACUCAGAGUAUGACGGCGAGGAGGUAGCUGAGGGUAGCACCCUCGCCGCGGUAGUUAAGACUAAGGCGGCAGGCCGAGGGAAGGGCCAGCCUAGGGGUCAAGGGAAGGCCGCCUCCAAUCAGACCAAGCAGGCUAAGUGGGUAAAGGCAGGUCUUGAUCAAGACGUGUGGCGUGACCGCCGAACGCGUGGUGCUUGUACGGACACUCGCAGUGCAAGUGCUAAAACGCUAAGGUUACGCAGAAGGUAGCCCCAAAGAUGGGGGCAACCUACUCCCAGGCUUCUAGCUUGAGAAACGCGUAGGGCCAGUGGAAGUAUUAGCCGC